AUGGUACAGAAAGGGGAGAAUGUAAAUAGUCAGUGGCUAGUCAAACGGAGGAAGUCAUUACAAGUGAGGAAAGUGUAUCACUCCACACAGGCAAAACGCGUCGACCUAACACGGACAGUAGGCCGCGAUUCCCGAAAUUCACCUUCCGGUUGUCUUGCGUGUACUGCAAAGGGAAUCACUCAUCAUUUGACUGUGACAAGUACGCCACACCCAAAGAGCGAUCACAGUGCUCGAGGAUGCACAGGCUGUGCUUCACAUGCCCGUCACCGCAACACGCCACUUCAGAAUGCUAAAGACGUGCAUGAUUUAAGUGUCAGAAGCGGUACCACAUGUCGUGUUGUUUCUAUUCAGAGUGUAAAGGUCCAAUACGCCGACGCUUGCAAAGAAAACUCAUCGCAAUGGACCCGACUACGAAGAAAUGAAGAAAAUUUCAGUCCUUUAAGAUACAGGAGCAGAAACUUUCAUCGAUACAGCAUUGGCCGCAGAGCAGCAUCUUUCAACGCUAAAGGCGCAGAAGAUGUGGAGUUCAUAUUUGAACACAAAUCGAAGGUGAACUCCGGCGAGAUAGGGUCAACAGUGAAACCAGCCUUGGUACUUAUUGGUUGCGAUCAAUUAUGGUCUCUGAUCAGAACUGACGAACUACACAUGCAACUUCCGUCCGAACUCCACCUGCUAGCAACCCGCUUAGGACACCUGGUAACGGGUCAAGUAACAUAUCUUCCAACCAGGAGACUCUGGAGGGCUAGACAGGUGAGAUGGCUCUUGGACGUGGAAAGACAUGAUAAUACGCCACCCUUCCUAUAA